GUUACCAAGGAGGGGGACCACGGGCCAUGGCCGCGGCAGGCCAGCCGGCGGGCAGGCUACCAUGUGCACGGCCGCCAACUCUGUCUACACCUGCCUCCCCCAAGCGGCGAAAGCCAAUUCAGCCGUACUGGUGUCCCCCGAAGAAGUCACACUUGCCACGGGCCGUGUUGCGCUGGCUUCAAAGCAUAUCUCACUUUUACCCAAGAGACAUCAACAGGGACUUUUCAAAUGGCUUCCUGCUUGCAGAAAUAUUCAGUAUCUAUUAUCCACUGGAUCUUAAACUGACAACUUUUGAGAAUGGAAAUUCCAUAAAAUCUAAAUUGGCUAAUUGGGCACAGCUGGAAAAGUUUUUUUCCAAAAAACAUUUGAAAAUAGCCAAAGAAUUAAUUCAUGGGACACAUCAUUGUAAACCUGGAGUACCAGAAAUAUUGAUACAAUGUCUACACUUAUUGACAAAACGAGAAAUUAAAAAUAUCCAAGACAUCUAUGUGAACUUCACAGAUUGUAACUACCAGAUCAUUUUGCCACUGGUACCCAAAACAACAGCUUCAAAGUUUAUCAAGAGUAACAUUAGGUUAUCUGAAUUACUGAGCAAUCCAAAUAUGCUCAACCAUCAACUUAAAAUUGAACUUUUCUGUUUCUCUUACAAAUGCUACAAGAAAACUCACAGAUACCUGAAUCCUAAAUGGUACGAUGUCAAACCAACAUUGGGAGAACUUGCUCUUCGUGGUGCUGACAGGUCUAGUGAUCUUGCAAAAUGUGUCUUGUUAAAGGAAAAAUGCAUCGUUCCUGUUCUAGAGAGUGACAGCAAUGAAACCCAGAUUAGAGAAAUUCAAGUGAAACAAGUAGAGAAAGAGCCAUUUGGAGUCAAUGUUGAACACACCAAAAAUCUCGAAAAGAGACUUGAAUUAGAAUCUGUCAGGUUUGGAGAAACAGAUACCACACCAAAGAGAAUUUGA